ACUCCAAAACAACCCGCCGUUCCAUACGGCGCGAUCAAACGAUUGACGGCGCCAAACCACCCGGUGUAUGGCGGUGUGGUCAAACGGGACAGCAAGACCGUCCACGGGCGACUCGAAACGAUGGAAGGAACGCUGAAUGUAUCGUUUUGUGCACCCAAGGAACUAUUGUUCCAGGCUAAAUUCAAUUUGAUGUGGUUGCUCGGCAACAGCCAGGUAACAUUUCAUUGCCGGUGUAAUGCGGAAAUGUUGAUUACGAACAGCUUUUCCCGGAACGAUUUUGCCCCAAUUACAAAGCACAUGUUGGUGCCGGUGGAGGUGUAUGAGCGGACACCGGGGGCCGAGCUGAUGCUAGUGCUAACGGGAGACAUGAAAACUUUCAUCGGCUUUGACCCGACCAACUUAGCCCAGCAACGGGUGGCCGAUAUUUUGGAAUUUGGGUUGCAAACGGUAUUCGAUAAAACUGUUAAGGAGGCAUGUCAGUCGUUCAUCGGGGAAGGCAAGAAGCAUACCAUUCUCGCGUCCCUAAAGACGGUGUUGCUCCCAGACAUGUCACUGUCGGUAAGCUUGGCUGUUGAUCUGGGCAGCCUAGACGGACUGCUUUCGCUGGCUUUAUUGACGCAGGCACAAUCGCAAGGGGCAUGGGAACCGACGCACGAUACGCGUGCCCGGCUGAUAAAGCAGCUUCAUUCGGGCUGCGAAAUGGUACUGCCGCUCAAGCUGGGCGAAGUGUGCCUACCGGCAACAGCAGGGAUCGAUUCAGCGAUGGAAGGGAUGGCGCACUUGCAACUGUAGGGCUGUCGGCGACCGCCACAUGCCUACUCUCUACCUUUAGAUAUUAGUGGCUGGCUGAGUGAUUGAUCGCUCGCAUUGAUGGGGGUCGCUGCGUAACAAUUUUAGCGUUUCAUUUCAGCCGCUGGAGGGGUGGUGGUGUGUGUGUGUGUGUUAACACUUGCGAAUAAAAUGAGCCGCUCUAGUAAAAGCCGCCGGACGUGUGGCAUAUGUGGUGAGCGGGGGAAAAAGGAUGGCUAUUUGCAGUCGUUGCCGCCAAAUGUCGUUGCCUCGUUGAUCAUUUACAGUGUAAGUCUCAAUGUCUUACUAAAAAGCAUACUAGAGUCAACACACUGUCGAGUUACGGUGAAACAAUAGGUACGUUAGAACCGGGGGAAAAAACAUCACUGUUUGCAUUUUAUUGGACGUGCUGUCAAGAUUUAGUUUUUUUGGUUUUUUUUGGGGGAUUUCAUAUCGUUGCGAUUCGUCGUUAUCUGCCAAAUUCCAUACAACUUAUUUUUACAGCACAUUCGAUAAAAUCGUAACCCAAUAGGAGCACUAUAGGCAUCCACCGGCCUAAGAGCUCAACAUUUAGCGGCCCCGACUGCAGCUAGUCGGUUAAGGAAUUUCCUUCGUGUGUGAUAUAGAUGAAACCAAAAACAAAAACAAAAACAUUGGAUUAGUACUUGGAAAUGAUUUAGGGUAUCAUCAGUCGUUAAAGCAGAAGAUCGCCCAACUAAUCGAACAACCUGACCAGGUGUGUCAGCUUGGUUGUUGUGUGGUGCGUAGUCGCAUCCGGGACGCUCUGGUGGCAAAUUGCCCCCGAGCUGCCGUUCCGUACAUUUCCCUGUUGUAAGAUAAAACCAAACCAGAUAUGGAAGGAUACGGUCGUGCCGCAGCACUACCGAAACGCAUUUAUUGGCCUUGAAGACAGAGUGAACACGCUUUGCUGUAAUAUAUUGGAAGCGACUGUGCGAUCGCUCCAUUGAUUGCGGUGUAGGAGGUAGUGUGUAUAGUAAGAGUUAGAGCGCGUUUGAGCUGAAAUGUCCGAGAAGAUUGUGUGUGUUUAUGGGUGUGUGAGUGUGUGUGUGUGUGUGUGUGUGUGUGUGUGUGUGUGUGUGUGUGUGUGUGUGUGUGUGUGUGUGUGUGUGUGUGUGUGUGUGUGUGUGUGUGUGUGUGUGUGUAUGUGUGUGUGUGUGUGUGCGAGAGAGAUAGAAAGAAUGAGUGCGCCACAUCGUAAGAUAUUCCAAAUGAUUCAUAAGACAGCUGAGAGUACCUAUAGGAUUUAAGUGCAUAAAGAGAUACAUUUAUAAAGACCGCCCGAGCUCCGAUGGUGCAGCAGUGGUCGUCAACAUAUAGGAAGAGGAGGUCGUAGGCACACCGUUAUCAAGUGAAGAAAAAAGCAUGGGACAAAGUAUGGAACGGAAGCUUUAACCAGCACCACCCGUCUCACUCUCCUUGUUAGGAUUACUGCCCGUCUCUUUGCCCAUUGAACUUUGUUGAACUCUCUCUCUCCAUUGGUUGCUUCGUUCGUUGCGAAGUAGGUAUGAAAACGGGUAAAAGGCAAUGUUGCUGUUAAAACCAAAAAAAAAAAAAAUAAUUGUGUUUUAUUUCCCAUCCUUCCUCUUUCCUUGUUUUGGCCCUUACAGGGUUUUUAAAAGCCAGCUCACCAUCGUAACACUAUUUUUCGAACACGCUAAACGAUUGUCAACAUACAAUUCGAAUCCGUAAACGCUUUUCAAUUUGGUAACACUAGGUUUAGGACAAGUAAAAUUCCAACUGGAAUCUGGAUAAUGUAUGUGACAAGACACCCAUUAUACUUUUGCCAGAUUCCAGUUGGGAUUUUGCGCGUUCAAAAUCUAGUUUUACCAAAUCGAAAAGCGUUUACGGAUUCGAAUUGUAUGUACAAUGUUGACAAUCGUUUAACGAGUUCCAAAAGUAGUGUUACGAUGUUAAGCUAGCUUGAGAAACUCUGUAUACAUACUUGAACGAAGUGCAAUAACGGGACAGAGAGCUAGUGCAAUAGCGGAGUGAAUUUGUCGUGCCAUCGGGUUAAAAUCGCACGUUAAACGGUUUAGUGUAAGAAGGGUCAGGACUUAUAGGACUAAGCCUGCAAAUAAUAAAAAAAAAAACAAAGGAAGUAAUCCGCCGGAAAACGCGGACUAUGAAGUUGUGUAACAUAGCAAGUGCAGAAGGUACAAAAUAAACCAACCGUAUGUUGUUUCGUAAACUUA